UCGUGAGUCGUAGGUAAAUAGGUAACCGCCCAAACAAGCCUCGCGCCACAGCCGCCGAGCCCGGUACCAACGAGUUGGUUAAUCAACUAUCGAGACUUCGAGCGAGUGUGCCUGUGCAAGUCCGCCUCGCCGCGCUCAGUCGCGCGGACGUGUUGUUUCGCGCCAAAAUGAUAGCUCCGUUCCGAUUUCACGCAUCGAGAGUUUAAACGAUCGCUUCAACUGUUAUUUUUUACUCUGAUCAAAAUCAACAGUUUUUGGUGAUGUGAGUGAUACAUAAGUGACUAGUGAUUGUAUCUGUUUUAUUUUUUUUUAAUACACAAUGCAAACGGUUAAUAUUUUUGAUUAUUUGUCAAGUGUGAACGAAAUUGAACUGUUGGGAAAAUGUUGACAGGAUUCCUAGUGUUGUGUGUGCUCGUUUUAAAUAUAUUCCCAUCAGGGUUGUGUUCUAGUCUACUAUGCGGGCGCACAGAGAAGUUGGAGCUUGGCAGCAACAGCGGCGCGGGGGCUGCGCUCGCGCUUGCUCUAGUGCGGUCUCCCUCCGCUCCCCACGCUCCCUGCCAGCUCAGCCUCACUGCCCCUGAGGCCGCGGCCUUCGCUGUCAGGCUUAUUGAUGUUAAGGAGUCACUAUCAGAAUGGGACAGAGGUAUUCUGACGGACCUCCAGGUGCCGCCAGUCGCCGGCGCACUCAACCGCAAAUGGAGUGCGCGAACAGCUGCUCACGCGCAGGACACGGCGACCGACCAAUCAGCGCCCGUUAACAACAGCACUGAUGCUUGCAAGCUGCUUAUUUACAUCGGAGACGCCAAAACACCGAUGUGGCGUCUAAACCUCUGCGGAGGAAAUGCGGCAGCCGUGGCAGCGAGAGCCGGUACCAAGCUGCUACCAUCCAAGUUGAGGAUCGUGUGGAACCCCCCCACUUCGCCCUACCAGCACACGGAGAAGUUACGGCUGGUCGUUACUGCGAUUAAUAGUGGUUCAAUCUGUACCAACGACUCCCAAUUCGUCUGCGGAGUGACCAGUCUCUGCAUAUCCUCGUACCUCGUCUGCGAUGGAGUUCGUCACUGUCCUGGUGGAGAAGACGAAGACCCGGGUGCCUGUUCUCAUAGACACGAUCCUCCGUUACUGGAACUCCUGAGAAGGUUUGCUGCAAGGAACCAAGAACUGCUUGGGUUGGACCAACCUGAUGGCAUGACGAAGCCUUCGGUUAUAAGCGAUUUGACCCUUUCAGUGAAGAUCAGCGAGUCGGAGAAACCGUCGAAUGCCUUCAUGGAGUUCGCGGCAGCUCUGGAGCCGUACGGACCCUGGAGCUACAUGGUCGUAGGCAUGCUGGUCUGCGCUACUAUACUCAUGUUCUGUUUGGCUUGGGAAUGCUGCUGCAAACGCUCAAAGCCAUCAGACACUCCAGUCACCAUCCCGCCAUCUUGCAUCGACCUGUCACCAACAGUGACAGUGACAGCUGCAUCCCAGCAACUGUUCACGUCCCCCCUGCCUCCCUCGCCACCGGAGUACGAGCCUCCUCCAUCGUACUCCUCACUGUUCCCUCGCGCCUUCAAGUCUUCACCAACGCCGGUACCACACUGCUCUCAUCAGGAACCUCCGGAUUGAAGUGUUGGGUAACUGUUCUAGCUAGUACGUAGGUAGAGUAUUGCAAUUCUUAGGGUUAAGUGUACAAGUGUUUGACACGGAUUUGUUUUGUUGAUAGCCUUUUGUGGUUGGUGUAAAUUUUGCUGCUUUCUUGUGUAGUAAAUCUUGGUAGUGACGUAAGAAGCGACCAAGUAAAAGAUGCACGGGUCAAUCGACCAUAAG